CAAACAAACUAUAGUUACGGACAUCUUAAACCCUUCCUUUCUUAGUACUCCCCAGUCACCACCGUCCGUCACCACUCACCAGCCACCACCGUCACAAAGAUUAGUUACAGGCUUCGACGACCUAGAACCUCCGAGCAAAUACUACUUCGAGAGUCUUCAAAUUCGCACUAAAAUCAUCAAAACGCAAACCUAAAAACGAACCAGAAUUCGCAAGAAUGUCAAAUUCCGCUACUGAGAGAAGGAAGAAACUUAAAUUCAGCGAAAUUGAAACUAGAGACAGACUCAGCGAUUUAUCCGAUUGUGUUAUUCUUCACAUACUCUUGUUUUUGAACGCCAACGACGCCGUUCGAACUUGCGUUCUUUCUUCCAGAUGGAAGAAUCUCUGGAAACUACUUCCUGAACUUACAUUGCAUUCUACAGGCUUUCAAACUUGCAAGAUAUUCACGAAUUUCGUGUCUAGCACUUUAUCUCUUCGCGAUCCUUCUAUCCCAUUGCAGGCUCUUGAUUUUAACCUUGCUAAAGCUACUGGUUUAUUGGAGCCUUGCAUACUCAACAUGAUUGUGAAUUAUGCUAUUUCACACAAUAUCCGGCGGUUAGGACUUUGUUUCUACAGUGACUUUGCAAAAAUUCCGGAUACCAUAUUUUCAUGUCAGACUUUAACACAUUUGAAGCUUGCUAUUUUCCCUCGUCGAGGUCAUAAAACACGAUUUCCGGAAUCUUCAAAUUUACCGGCAUUAACUAUAUUACAGCUAGAGAAUUUGAAAUUUUGUGCUGGGGAUAAUGGUCGUGCUGCUGAACCAUUUUCGACUCUUAACAAGUUGAAAAGUUUGCUCAUUUCCAAUUGUACUGUGUACGGUACAGGAACCCUUUGCAUAUCAAGUGCUACUCUUGUCAAUUUAACUCUGCAUAAUCAGUUUUCCAACUUUUACACAAUUGAUCUACGUACUCCAAGUCUUUGUACGUUUGCAUUUACCGGUACUCCUUAUCAGGAACUCUCUGGGAGCGAUGUUUCUUCUCUUGAACAUGUAGAAAUUUAUGCAGAAAUAAUUAGAUAUCAAAGGGAGCCUCCUUUGAUUCUAUUCAACUGGCUGCGAGAGUUUCGGAAUAUAAAAUCAUUGACAGUCUCUGCAACUACUCUUCGGAUUCUCUACUUAAUUCCCAAUCUGUUGAAGAUUAAUUUCCCUUCAUUGGGUAACUUGGAGUCAUUGAGAGUGAAAAUGGAACCAUUUUCGGAUGAAUUUCGCAUGACAUUGUGCCAUGUCAUGUUAAGAAAAGCCAAGUCAAAGAAAGAAUCUGCUAACUUACGAAGAACAUUUAGAGAAGGAUUGGAACCAUCUUCACUCAUACCUGAUGGAAUAAUGGACUUCUUGCUUCAAAAUUCGCCCACGGCAAAAGUUGACUUCAUAGAUUGCUCAAGGAAACCUCGUAGACCGACACAUUUAUAAUUGGCUUGUUUUUUUUAUUUCCUUCUCUGUUUCUGUUUCCGAAUGUUUGGGGUGGACAAAAUCCAGGAGAAGUAUUUGAAAUUUCCCUCUUAUUGAGAGUAAGCCGAUAAAACCAUAAGAACAUUUAAUUUAAAGCGAAAACUUAAACUAUAAUCAUAUUGACAAUUUUCUAGCUACAAAAUAUGCUACUUAUUAUACCAUUACCAGUCUUGAAGUAAGCCAGAUCUUAAAGAACACCAGUAAUAUAAUAAGAGGCUAUUAGCUUCUAAUUAUCUCAUCAUAGAAAAAAAGAUAGGAAGAUAAACUUCUUGCCGUGAAACAUCUAUUACAAUCUUCUUGUUAGGAAUUCUUACUUGUGUUCUUUGCAUGCUUCGAGAGCCAAGAUUGCUUCCAUGAGGUUCUGCUUAGAUUUUGUAGCAAUCUUCAUAGCAAAAUUCAUGGAUAGAUCAAUUUCCUCUUUAUUUGCUAUCUGAGUAAGAGCCUCAAUAAUCUGGAGAGUUGAGGGUUUGUUUUUAUUCUGGCAGCAGUUAAUUAUUAGUUAUUAGAAAUUAUAAAGAUAAA